UUUUUUUUUUUUUUUUUUUGGUUUAACGCUCCCGUUUGAACAUAAAUUCAAGAAGUAUUAAAAUAUUCCUUCAUCUUCUUCUCUCUUUUCAACUCUGCUUACGCAGUCUUUCCGUUUACUGGUUAUUACAGUUACAGGCUUCUGGUCUUCUCGCUCAGCAGUUUUGCGGUUCUGAGAAAGAACAAAACUGAAUUGAGGACUGAUAAUGGAAAACUACCGUCAGGAAAAAGUACAGAAGUUUGAGGAAUUUGUUGAUCGCCGUUUGAAACCGGAUCUUGUUCGGGCUAUUGCGGAACGGGAUAAAGUCUUUGAACAACAAAAGAUUUUCUCAGAUUUGCGAAACAACAUAGAGAAUUUGGAGAAAAAUAGUGUAACCAGUCUUAGGACAUUGGUUAACCUUGGAUCUGAAGUAUACAUGCAAGCAGAUGUACCAGAUACACAACACAUAUUUGUGGAUAUUGGAUUAGGAUUCCAUGUCGAGUUUACUUGGUCUGAAGCAUUAAAAUACAUAUCACUAAGAGAGGAGAAGAUAGCCAGGCAAAUAGAAGAGUACACUCACCAAAUUGCAUCAAUUAAAGCUCAGAUAAAGAUGGUUUACGAAGGAAUUCGAGAGUUACUCCAGUUUCCAGCUGAGAAAUCUUUACCGGGACCCACUUUUUAACAUUUACAAUUUAAUUGUAUGCUGUAAUUCCCUCCCUCGAGUGCAAGGUCUGCAUUUCCUGUAGGAAGAGAUGGCUGAGAGAGUAAAAUCAAAGACUUGAUGUAGUAAACAAUAUAAUUGCUUAUAUGCAUCUCUGUUCUCUUUGACAUCUGGAUAGUCUCAAUUUGAUUGAAUAUGGCCUUAUGAACA